AUGGUGUCAUUGAAGAGGAAUAAAAGUAGAGAGUCUUCAAAGAAACAAAAAUCAGGCGACUCUGACAACGGAGUUAGCGAAAAUGUUCCACAUGAUAACACUAAAACUAGUGAUUUAAUCUGUUGCAAAGUUAGAUUGUUGGAUGAUUCCCAAACUCCCAUUGAAGUUUCAAUAAAGAAAACCGAUAAGGGUUCGAUUCUUUUUGAAAAAGUGUGUCAGUCGAUCGGUGACUUGGUCGAGUGCGACUACUUCGGUCUGAGAUAUACCGGCAAAAAAAAUAUUCGGAGUUGGAAAAAAGUGUUUACAAACAGCUAA